AUGGACAACUCAACACUUCUGCUUCUACUUGCCUUUCUGGUCUCAUACCUUAGGACAGUCAUCUUCUUCCGUGGAAAUCAAAGCCGUAAAUCUUCCAAGCUACCACCAGGACCUCGUCCUUUUCCGAUCAUCGGAAACAUCUUAAAAAUCGGCAAAAAGCCUCACCAAUCACUCUCUGAACUUUCAAAAACUUACGGAUCUAUUAUGACCAUCAAACUGGGUACCAUAACCACCAUAGUUAUUUCCUCACCAGAGAUGGCCAAAGAAGUACUUCAUAAACACGACUCAACAUUUUCAGGUCGAACUGUCCUUCACAUACUACAAACCUUAGACCAUCACAAAGUUUCUGUAGCGUUUUUGGACCCUUCAGUUCAUUGGAAGACCCUUAGGAGAGCCUGUGUUACAAAAGUUUGCUCAUCUUCUCAGCUUGAUUCCACCAAGAAUUUUCGUUUAAAGAAGCUCCAAGAUAUGUUGGAGUAUCUGGAUGAAUGUUGCAGAAAAGGUGAUGAUCAAGUUUUAGAUAUUGGUGAAGUAGUGUUUACAACAAUCCUUAAUUCUAUAUCUAGCAUUCUUUUCUCUAUUGACCUCGCUGGUUUUGCUUCUGAUUCAACUCGAGAGUUUAGAGAUGCUAUACGGGGUGUGAUGGAAGAAGCUGGGAAGCCUAAUAUUGCAGAUUUUUUCCCUGCUCUUCAAGUACUUGAUCCACAAGGUGCACGAUCAAGAAUGGACGUUUAUGCUGCAAAAUUAAUCAAUAUUAUUGAUGAUAUUGUUGGUGAAAGAAUGGAAGGUAGAGCAGCAAAAAUGGAGCCCAAGGUUUGGAAUGACGCGUUGGAUUCAUUUGUCCUUCAAAUGGAAGAAGACAAACCUCAAAUGGGUCGUUUGGACACUGUCCAUUUAUUUGGAGAUUUGUUGGUUGCUGGAGUAGACACAACAAGUACAAUAGAAUGGGCAAUGGCAGAGCUAUCAAAGAAUCCAGAGAAAUUAGAAAAGGCCAAAAAGGAGCUUCAACAUUAUGUCAUUGGCAAAGAUAUUAUACUUGAAGAGUCAAAUGUCUCAACGUUGCCAUUCUUAAGGGCAGUAGUAAAGGAAACUCUUCGAUUGCACCCACCAGCUCCAUUGCUAGUGCCUCACAAGGCACUUGAAGAUGUAAAGAUUUGUGGCUUCACAGUGCCCAAAAAUGCUCAAAUUCUCGUCAACAUAUGGGCUAUGGGAAGAGACUCAGCCAUAUGGUGUAACCCAAAUCAGUUCAUGCCUGAAAGGUUUCUGGAGAGUGAAAUUGAUUUUAAAGGUCAUGAUUUUGAAUUGAUUCCUUUUGGAGCAGGAAGAAGAAUCUGUCCUGGAUUGCCGUUGGCUUUCAGAUCAGUUCACUUAAUGUUAGCUUCCCUAAUCCACCAGUAUAAUUGGAAGCUCGCAGAUGAUCUCCAACCUCAUGAGAUUGAUAUGGAGGAAAAAUUUGGGCUUACUUUGAAAAGAGUUCAGCCUCUCAAAGCCAUUCCAUCCAAAGUUUAUUAAUAACUAUAGUAGCACAAAUAUGCAUUAGUAAUUCUCAAUCCUUUCUUAGUAUGUGGAGAUUGGAGUAAUCCUUAGAAUAUUGAAAUUUUAAUUAUGAUCA